GGUGUGGUGAGCAUUUAGCUGGGUGGCAAUAGAGUUCCUUUUUCAGCGAAGCCAAUCUCAAACUAACCAAUCAUUCCAGCUCAACUACCUUGACCUCUCUCUCCUUCUCGCCCUCUCUCUGUCUCUGUCUCUCUCUUAAUCUCAUUCACCACACCAUGCCCUUCUCUGCAACUCUCUCACCUCCCACUCUUUCUUACUUCCCUCAAACACAACAACACCAACAACAAUUGCAUCUUCCUCACACUCUCAAUCCCUAUCUCAAACCGAAAAGUUUCAGUCUUCAAUUUCAAUGCGCCCAAGCCUCCAGACGAACCCCUAAUUACCCUCAGGGCGGCGCUGAUAAUCUGGUUGAUGAUCCGCGCAACUGGAGCCGUUCGAUCAACUCCGAGGUUGACCGGCACUAUAAUUUCGAAGACGAUGAUGAAGACGAUGAGGAUGACGACGAUGAUGAAGAAGAAGAUAGGAGUUUGGAUUUAUUGGUGAGGUUUGUUCAGAAUAUGUUCAAGAAGGUCUCCAGGCGAGCCAGGAGGGCCGUACGAUCAGUUCUCCCCGUCUCAAUUCCCACCAAAUUGGUGGGGUUUUCUGUUAAUGGGGUGCUCGUACUGGCAUUUUUAUGGGUCUUGAAGGCAUUUCUUGAGGUUGUUUGCACCCUUGGAAGUCUAGUGUUUGUAAGCAUCUUACUCAUCCGUGGGAUAUGGACUGGAGUAACCUACGUACAAGAAAACCGCAACCAAAAACUCCGCAAUUUUGAAGAUGAAAGCCGUCCGUGGACUGGCACACAGCCGGCAACCUGAUACUUCCACUCAGAGAAGAGAGUUGUUCAACUAUAAUCUCACACCAGAAUAGGAGGAGUAUACAAUAAACAAUAAAGGAGGACUACUUGAAAUCAAGGAUGAUAAGAAGAUAGCAUAAAAACCACGGUUCUGGUCUGGAAAGAAUUAUAAGUAUGAUGUAACUUCCUGCCUGAACAGGUACACAAGAUGUUCUUGUGAUUUUGAUUUAGCACCAUGUAUAAUAGCAUAGCAGGGUAAAAUUUUGUUAUACGUUUCGGGAAGGUGGGGUGAUGGUUGGGUUCCCCCCUGUAUGAUACAUAUAAUGUCGACAGAAAUCCUGUCAAAAAUGAAAUUUUCCAUUGUGAGCUGCAAGUAGGGUCCUGUUUGGUAUAGCAUAUACUCGUCUGAUUUCAUUAUCUUCGAUUCUUUUCAUUGUUA